CAAAUAUACUGUAUCGAAGGUUUGCAGAAUAUCUGGCAGCGCGAAUGGAGGCCGAUCGCCGAUGGCACGCGAUCUCGAGCUUCGUCGCCGACUGCUGCGCACGCCUGCACCUGGGCUACGUCGCCACAACGACGGCGAUGAUGCUGUGCCACCGCUUCUACGCGUCCAAGAGCCCGGCUACGUUUCCGUUCAUGGACAUUGGCGCGUCGUGCAUCUUUCUCUCGACCAAGCUAUCGGAGAAGCCGCGUAAACUCCGAGACAUCAUGAACGUUGCCUACAGCAUUGCCCACAAGACCAACUCGCCCGUUCCAACUGGCUCGGAGUACACGUCGAUGAAGGAGCGUCUCCUCGAUGGCGAGCAAAAUGUCCUGCGCGUGCUGCGUUUCGACUUGGACAUGGACCUGCCGUACAAGUACUUGCUCAAUUACGCGCGCUUCCUGCGUGUUUCCAAAGCCACCGUCCAAGUGGCGCUCACACUCGCCAGCGACUUGUUCUACGCGCCGUCGUCGCUGACGUACGACGCUCCCAUCGUCGCGGUCGCGUGCAUCUACAUUGCCCACGCGCUCCUCGAGGAGCCCAACCCGUUGCCACCCACGUGGUGGUAUGACUUUGAUGUCAGCGACGAUGACCUCGCCGCGAUCCAAGCCGAGUUUGCCACGAUUUACACGGUGCUGCCACCGCCAUCGACCACGUAACAUCGACCCCAAACGACACUUGGUCCAUCGCAUGCGUUGCAUCAUGGCGUGUUGAUGGAGCGACGGCACCCUAGCCCCCAAAGAACCCUAUCCCACUAGUCGACCACCAUUACCGAAUGACCUUUGCAUGGUAUUCAGGAGCAAAAGGGCAAACUGCUGCAUCAACAAGCGUGUGAUUGCGAAUGAGUAGUGCAUUUCAUUCCAG